GGAUGGUUCGACCCGGCGACGGCAAUCGCGGCCUUGUCCGUGACCGGAAGUGAGGCAGAGGACGGGUAGCCGUGGGUGGCGCCUCAGGGAACCUACGGGAUGGGCGGUUAAUUGCCGGUUUCUCGUCGGAGAGACUCCAGGCAGUGACGUUGAUCUGCUUCAACGGCCUGUCUUUCCUCUUCUGGAGCUUCGGGGGUUCCACAACACCCCUGCGAGAGUUUGGCUUUUCAAUACAUUGCCGUUAAUCCUUUUACAGGAAGGACUUAAUCGUCAUCUGAAAAACACCGGCUUCAUUCUGUCCUUGUAAACCUACAUUAUAAAUAGAAGCGACCUGACUUUGGGGCUGCAGCAAUGUCAACUUUCCCCAAAAGUUGCAAUCCUUUUGAUGAUGAUGAUGACGACUUCAAGCCUGUCAAGUGGAAUGAAGGGGAAGAGCCUCCAAGAGAAGGUCCAGACAGACAAAGAUAUUUACAACAGGAAGUCAUGAGGCUCUCAAAAUCGACUCUAGAUAGCACCAACAACUCACUGUCUCUCAUUUAUGAGUCUGAACAUGUGGGAGUCGCCACAUCAGAGGAACUUGUACGGCAAGGAGAAGUCCUGAAGCGUACUGAACGCAUGGUGGAUAAGAUGGAUCAAGAUUUAAAGACGAGCCAGAAACAUAUCAAUAGCAUUAAGAGUGUCUUCGGGGGCUUCGUCAAUUACUUCAAAGCCAAGCCACAAGACAUCAAACCGGAGCAGAAUGGAGCCUCCCAAUAUCAAGGAAGCAACAGAUUAAAAGAAGCAUUAUCCGUCAGUAAAGAACAGGAGUCCAAGUACCAGGAGACUCAUCCAAAUUUACGGAAGCUGGAAAACUCAGACUUCAGUUCCAGUGGAACUAGUUCAAACAACCCAUCCCAGUCUGAUCAUUACCCCAGGAACCAGCACCUCCGUGCUUACCAUCAGAAAAUUGAUAGCAACUUAGAUGACAUGUCCAGCGGGCUGGGCCGACUGAAAAAUCUCGCUCUUGGCUUGCAAACCGAAAUCGAUGAUCAGGAUGAGAUCCUGAAUCGCCUCACCGGGAAAGUGGAUACCUUGGACAUCAACAUCAAGAGCACAGACAAGCGAAUCAAGCAGGAGCUUUAAAGGAAUCCCGGGGGUGUCUCUGGCCUCUGUUUAUCAACUCAAUAUAUUUUAUGCAGCUGGGGGCCUUUUCUUGUCCAGCUGCACUGGGGAAGAGCUAGAGAAAAGAGGUUGCUAGUCCAUCUUGCCAUGUGAUUAAAAUUGUGAAUAGCCUUAAGUGCAAUCUGAGAAAUUUUAAGCUACUUUCUUUCACGUAUAAUUCAUACAAGCACUCUGAAGCGUUGUCUUCUGGAACUUUCGAUUUCGGAGGAGACAUCUGGACAAUUCUGGACAAUGAUUGGAAAAGAUGAUUACACCCUGCCUUUCAGUAUUCCUUUCGCCUUAAUUGUGGCAGGUAUGUGCGUUGCCUACUUACUGCUCACGUAUACAUUUUUAUAAAAGGCUAGUAGAAGAAGAAGGUUUCCCUUACAUUUCAAAGCUGGGUUGUGUGAAGAUGCCUCUGGUGCAUAGGAUAAAAACCUCACCCGAUCGACUUGAGUUACACCAAUAAAGCAGUCAUUAUCAAGUCAAUGCUUAUUCCAGUCCAAGACCAGAGCAAGUUAAAAACACUUAAGGAAUAUCCAGUUAAAAAUUCUAGAACAAAAUAAUCUAUAUUAAAAAUCACAAUUUGGCAUCCAAUCUAGAAUUUUUAACUGGCUAUUCCUUGAGUGUUUUUAACUGGAUCCGGCCUUUGACUAUAAUAAACCUUGACUUGAAGCAGUCAUUUUUUAUUUUUUUGGGGGGGGGGUGGUCAUUCUCCAAAGUACUUACCUACUUGAUUUGUGCCAGUACAAUUAAGCCUAGAGUCAGAAA